AAACUAAUGAGGACANNGACUCGAUCAAAACCGCCGCCUCUACUAUCGCCAAUGGCAUGAUGAAGUUCUAUUCUGGAAACGUGACUGGCGGCAUUCCUGGACUACUUCCAGGUCCGUACUACUGGUGGGAAGCAGGCGCCAUGUUUGGUUCUUUGAUCGACUACUGGUACUACACCGGCGAUACCAGUUACAACGAUGUUACUACCCAAGCCAUGCUCUUCCAAGUUGGCGACAAAGACAACUACAUGCCCAGCAACCAGAGCAAGUCGCUUGGUAACGAUGAUCAAGCUUUCUGGGGCAUGGCUGCCAUGUCUGCCGCCGAGCUCAAAUUCCCUAACCCUCCUUCCGACCAGCCUCAAUGGCUCGCUCUAGCUCAGGCCGUCUUCAACAGUCAAGCUCUCCGUUGGGACAACACGACAUGUGCCGGAGGUUUGAGAUGGCAGAUCUUCACCUUCAACAACGGCUACGACUACAAGAACACUAUCUCCAAUGGUGCUUUCUUCAACAUUGCUGCACGCCUUGCUGCUUAUACUGGCAACCAGACUUACGCUGAGUGGGCCGAGAGAGCUUUUGACUGGACUCAAGCUAUCGGUCUAAUGAGUGAUGACUACUAUUUCUACGACGGCAGCGAUGACAAGAUCAACUGCACCCAGAUCAACCAUAUUCAAUGGUCUUACAAUGCUGGUGUUUUCCUUCUCGGAUCUGCCACCAUGUGGAAUCUCACUCAGAGCGAUCUCUGGAGGGAGCGCACCCUCGGCAUUUGGAACGCAACCCACGUCUUCUUUACCAAUCAAGGGGGUCAGGGAGCUGGACAGAUCAUGUUCGAGGUGGCCUGUGAACCAAACAAUAAUUGCAACGUCGAUCAACUAAGUUUCAAGGCUUAUUUGUCACGUUGGAUGGCCGCUUCAACCAAGGUCGCGCCAUGGCUCUACGACGAUAUCAAGCCUUAUCUCGCAGCAUCUGCCCAAGCUGCAGCUCUGUCUUGUAGUGGUGGAGAAGAUGGCACAACCUGCGGAACCAGAUGGUGGAACAACGGGGUCUGGGAUGGGGCCACAGGUGUCGGCCAGCAAAUGUCUGCUCUCGAGGUCAUUCAGUCGAACCUUAUCGAUAGAGUUCAAGGGCCUGUGUCCAACUCGACUGGCGGAACCUCAAAAGGCAAUCNNCCAAAGACACUUGCAUCAUGGCUAACCACUCUUGUUAGUGCUGGAAGCGGAGGCGACACAAAUCCUAUUGCUACACCCAGUCCCAUCAACACUAGCGACAGAGCUGGUGCUGGUAUUAUCACA